UCUCAUUGAGGCAUUUCGUCUCUUUCUCUUAACCUCUUUUACAUUUUUCCUACAUUCUCAGUAAUGACCUACAAACGUGUAACGAAAUACAGCUGCUGUAUAUAAACACAUACACACACAAUGGCGGAUAAUAGGAGAUACUCACAGCCUGGGCUCGAGGUUGCCCCCGCCACCUACCCAAUGACAGAGAAAUACUUCGUCCCAGCACCUCACCAAGAGCUAACCGUACCUGUACCUGCUCCCUUGCCCGCCAAAUACGAAGCACCUUCACCCACCUAUGCAGCGGACAAGGAGGGUCUACGUCUCGCUAAGCUCGAGCAUGGCUCCCGAAGAAAGCUGUACAUUUUGAUUGGCGCCCUAAUCGCACUCGCAAUAAUACUCGGGGCGACUGUGGGCGGCGUUCUGGGAAGCAAGGCGCUAGACCGCAAUUCUAAGUCUGCUGCCGCCGACGCGGACUCGGUAACUGGACCAUCAUCGAAUAAUAACGAUAGCAACAGCACAAGUCCCGUCGUCAACACUACCGCCGUGCGCCCCCUGACACGACUCUCGGUAACGGGUCGCCGUCUCACCGGGAACGGCUUCACAUCGCGCCUCUUCUGGCAAGGAUCUGACAACCUGCUCCGGACGUCGCGAUAUACGAGUAGCGCAGGCGGUUCCUGGUCAUCCCCUCUUGUCUUCACUGAUCUAACCGACGCGGCACCUGGGACUCCUAUCGCCGCGACGCAAUACCUCGUGUUCCCGCAGUUCGAGGUGUUCUACCUAGACUCCUCGUCAACCUUCCGAGGUAUCAAUUUCGGCGAGGAUGAGACGGCUCCUAAUCCCGACAGCAUAGAGACGGAACGACCAGCGUUUACGGUGCACGAGAAAUCGCGGAUGUCGGCGUACUGGCCCUACGUCAUAUUCCAGGGCAAUGACUUAACAUUCCGCCGCGAAGUGUUCGACUCGCGUGGUGCAGGAUGGUUUAACGACACUUUGAACGGCUGGUUCAACCCGGAUGUGGUACCCCUCGGUGACGACGGGACAGGGUUGGCGGUGAUUCCCGUCGUCAAAGCAUUUAAUGACCCGUACGCAGCUGGUAUCGCAUACCGGGACCAGGAUGGGCGUCUAUCAGUGUUCUCAUUCGGUGGUGAUGAUACGGGAGUCGCAUGGCACUCUGGGGUCCCUAGUGUAACCAUUCCCGCAGGUACAGCGAUAGCCGCUCUCUCUGUCGGACGGCCUAACAGCAAUACAACGAACUCUUGGAUCCUAUAUCAAGAUGCUAGCAACAAGAUUCAGGCCGUCUGGCAGGGAGACGACAACGAGUGGAAGGGACCCCAAGAAGUGGGCGAAGCGGACGCCGGUACCGACAUCGCGUGCCUCACCGAGCAAGUCGGCGAUGAGCCAUCUCUGGUGCUGUUGUCGGAGCAGAGCGACAUGCGCCGCUGUUACUACCAGUACCAAGGCGUGAUCCAAGAAAAGCGGCUCACGUCAACGACAUGGGUGGAUGGGGACACGAUACCUAUGGAAUAACGUUGGAGUGCUUUUUUUCUUAUGGAUUUGUAAUAUUGCAUCAGCGUUUGUUUCAGAUUUUUUUUCUCUUCGGCAUGCUAUGGUGGAGGAUUAUUAUCACAUGCCCCCCC